AUGGACAUGGACAUUGUAAAAAAGAAGGUUUAUGUGCCCGGUAUAAGCCGCUCAGUGAAAGAAACGGAAGAACUUACUUAUGAUCCAAAGGCUUAUCUCCUUUUGCACACAUUUGAAACAGAGUAUCCGUGUCUGAGUUUUGACGUCAUUCCUGAUUCUUUGGGCGUUAAUAGGCAAAGUUUUCCCAUGACAUCUUGGAUUGUUACAGGAACUCAGGCAGACAAAUCACAUUCAAAUCAGCUUAUGGUUAUGCGGUUAUCUAAUAUGCAUGCGAAUAAAAGUGCCUUAAAAUCCAAAGCAAAAGAAUCUAAUAAUGAUGAUGGUGAAAGUAGUUCUAGCAGUGAUGAUAGUAGUGAAGAUGAGGAUGAAGAAGACGAGGCAAAUCUAGUUAAUGAUCGACCUGGAAAGAAAGAACCGAGAAUGCAUGCUUCUUUAGUUUCUCACCAUGGCGGCGUUAAUCGGAUUAAGUUUCAACGUCUCGGGUCAAGCGAUGUUUGUGCUGUUUGGAAUGAUCAGCGAAGAGUUCAAAUUUGGAAUUUAAACCCUUUUAUUUCUUGUAUCGAAAAUAUUUCUCUUUCUGAAUCUACCAAAAGUAUUGCAUUGAAGAAUGAGAAGCCUCUCUUCAGUAAAGAAUAUUCGGCUGAAGGUUUUGCACUUGCCUGGUCAUCUUUACAAACUGGUUCUUUGGCAACUGGAGAUCAUCAUAGAAAGAUUUUUCUUUGGAAAAUGACUGAAGGAGGGAAAUGGAUAGUUGACGCUAACGCUUUAACUGAUCAUCGUGGAUCUGUUGAAGAUUUAGUUUGGUCACCAACUGAAGAAUCUUUGCUUGUAUCAUGUUCUACUGAUAGAACAAUUCGCCUAUGGGAUGUUCGUUCUCCGCCGAGACAGGCUUGUGUUUGUACAAUUAAAGAUGCCCAUGAAGCCGAUGUAAAUGUACUGAGUUGGAAUGCAGGUACAGAUCCACUAAUUGUAUCAGGAGGGGAUGAUGGCGCUUUGUUUGUUUGGUCAUUAAAAACAAUUCAAUACAACCAACCAGUUGCCAAAUUCAUUCACCAUCGCAAGCCUGUAACUUCUGUUGAAUGGAGCCCUCAUGACAGUACAGUGUUUAUGGCUUCUGGGGAAGAUGAUCAGACAACUAUUUGGGAUUUGGCUUUAGAGGCAGAUGAACCAAAAUAUUCUAAUGGAAACGAUGAAGAUGAAGGAAUGGAAGAGGACGACGGAGAAGAAAAGAAAACAAAGGUUGAUGGGGUUGAACAACUCCCUCCACAGCUUCUCUUCAUUCAUAUGGGCCAAAAAGAAGUAAAAGAAGUCCACUGGCAUCAACAAUGCCCUGGUUUAGCAUUGACAACAUCACUUGAUGGAUUCCAUGUAUUUAAAACAAUUAAUUGUUGA